GUGAGUUCCAUGUUGUUGUUUUUAAUUGGUGUUUGGUUGUUCUCGACGCAGUGGUGUUUUGCUGUUAGCCGCGGGUUUUUCAGCCGGUCAGUGUUUCUGUGCAGCGCAGAGUGAAGAUGGAAACCGUCCAGAUUAAAGAGGAGUACCCUGAACUUGAACCUGUCCCCAUUAGAGUGGAGUUCUCUGGGCUGGCUUCCCUCCCCAUUAAACAGGAGCUCUGUGAGAUGCAAUGUAACAGCAGUCAGCCAGAGGUCUCUGAGAUUAAAGCUGAGCACAAUGACCUGGAGAUCCCCCAGACAGAAGAACCCCUUCCUGUUAAACAAGAAGAGGUGCUGGAAACUGUCCAUAUUAAACAGGAGCCCCCUGAUGCAGAGUUUGAGCACAUGGAAGCAGUGAAGGAAGAAUCCGAGGACUUCAAACCAAACAUCCCUGAGCUGGAUCCUGUGGGCCUGCGGGAGUGUAGCGUGGUGCUGGAAAGAAUCUGCAUGAGAGAGCAAGGCGCUGGAGAGGAAAGCUCUCCCAACAGCACGCAAGGAGGUGGAAAGGAAGACGGGCGCUCCCAUUCAGAAUGCAGUCUAGCAGGUUCCAGUCCAGCAGCUAAAGCGAGGGCGGGAGGUGGAGAAUAUCCUGACUGUGGGAAAGGUUUCACCCAGUUAGGAAACCUGAAAACACACCAGCGAAUUCACACUGGAGAGAAACUGUAUCGCUGCUCUGACUGUGGGAAGAGUUUUAGGGAUUCAGGAACCCUGAAAAGACACCAGCGAAUUCACACAGGAGAGAAACCGUAUUGCUGCUCUGACUGUGGGAAGAGUUUCAUUCAGUCAGGACACCUGAAAAGACACCAGCGAAUUCAUACUGGAGAGAAACCAUUUCGCUGCUCUGACUGUGGGAUGAGUUUCAGUCAUUCAGGAGACAUGAAAAAGCACCAACGAAUUCACACUGGAGAGAAUCCAUUUUGCUGCUCUGACUGUGGGAUGAGUUUCAGUCAUUCAGGAGACAUGAAAAAACACCAGAGAAUUCACACAGGAGAGAAACCGUAUUGCUGCUCUGACUGUGGGAAGAGUUUCAGUUUUUCAGGAGACAUGAAAAAACACCAGCGAAGUCACACUGGAGAGAAACCAUAUCUCUGCUCUGACUGUGGGAAGAGUUUCAGUUUUUCAGGAGACAUGAAAAAACACCAGAGAAUUCACACAGGAGAGAAGCCGUAUUGCUGCUCUGACUGUGGGAAGAGUUUCCGUUUUAAAAACAAUCUUCAUACACACCAACAAAUUCACACAGGAGAGAAACCAUAUCACUGCUCUGACUGUGGGAAGAGUUUCCGUUUGAAAACCAACCUUCAUAUACACCAACGAAUUCACACAGGAGAGAAACCGUAUCACUGCUCUGACUGUGGGAAGAGUUUCCGUUUUAAAGCCAACCUUCUUACACACCGACAAAUUCACACAGGAGAGAAACCGUGUCACUGCUCUGACUGUGGGAAGAGUUUCCGUACUAAAAAUGACCUUCGAGUACAUCAACGAAUUCAUUCAGGAGAGAAACCGUAUUGGUGCUCUGACUGUGGCAAGCACUUCCGUCAGGCAGGAGCUCUGAAAUCACACCAGCGAAUUCACAACGGUGACAAAGUCCAUGUUCAUUCAGAACGAAACCUUAACCUUGCAUUAUGAGUUCCUGUGUAAUUUACUGCUUUGUGUUUCACUCUAAGAGCUUGAUUUUUAAAUGGUCAAAAUGCUCUUCAAGAACUUAAACUCUGAUUGUGUUAGAAAGUGGGCGGAGACGCGGACACGUCACAAGAGGCUUCUCUGCUGUCAGUUUAACUCUGUCAAUGCAGUCAUAAGAACAUAAGAAAGUUUAACAACGAGAGGAGGCCAGUCAGCCCAUCUUGCUCGAUUGGUUGUUAGUAGCUUAUUUAUCCCAGAAUCUCAUCGAGCAGCUUCUUGAAGGAUCCCAGGGUGUCAGCUUCAAUAACAUUACUGGGGAGUUGGUUCCAGACCCUCACAAUUCUCUGUGUAAAAAAGUGCCUUCUAUUUUCUGUUCUGAAUGCCCCUUUAUCUAAUCUCCAUUUGUGACCCCUGGUCCUUGUUUCUUUUUUCAGGUCGAAAAAGUCCCCUGGGUCGACACUGUCAAUACCUUUUAGGAUUUUGAAUGUUUGAAUCAGAUCACCGCGUAGUCUUUGUUCAAGACUGAAUAGAUUCAAUUAUUUUAGCCUGUCUGCAUACGACAUGCCUUUUAAACCCGUGAUAAUUCUGGUCGCUCUUCUUUGCACUCUUUCUAGAGCAGCAAUAUCCUUUUUGUAUCGAGGUGACCAGAACUGAACACAAUAUUCUAGGUGAGGUCUUACUAAUGCAUUGUAAAGUUUUAACAUUACUUCCCUUGCUUUAAAUUUAGCACUUCUCACAAUAUAUCCCAGCAUCUUGUUGGCCUUUUUUAUAGCUUCCCCACAUUGUCUAGAUGAAGACAUUUCUAAGUCAACAUAAACUCCUAGGUCUUUUUCAUAGAUCCCUACUUCAAUUUCAGUAUCUCCCAUAUGAUAUUUAUAAUGCACAUUUUUAUUGCCUGUGUGCAGUACCUUACACUUUGCUCUAUUAAAUGUCAUUUACCAUGUGUCUGCCCAGUUCUGAAUGCUGUCUAGAUCAUUUUGAAUGACCUUUGCUGCUGCAACAGUGUUUGCCACUCCUCCUAUAUCAUCUGCAAUUUUAAUAAGUUUGCUUACUAUACCAGAAUCUAAAUCAUUAAUGUAAAUUAAUGAUUUAGUUACACCACUGGUUACCUUGCUCCAUUUUAAAGUUUCUCCUCUAAUCAGUACUUUCUGUUUUCUACAUGUUAACCACUCCCUAAUCCAUGUGCAUGCAUUUCCUUGAAUCCCUACUGCAUCCCUUCCUUUCUGCAUAUUCCCGAUCCCAGUCAUUGCCUGGGAGCGGGAAUAUGCAGAAAGGAAACUAUUCCGCACCUCAUCUGAUGGACGAGUCAGGAGAAAUUGAUAACUCAGUGUGGGGAAUCAGUAUCAGGGUUUAGCAUUUAAACUGCAUAGACUUGAAAAUAAAUACAUUGAUGGGAACGAAUAUCCCGACCCCGGUAUGUAGCAUCCCAGAGAGAAGACUGCACCGUCCUUAGUGGGCAACCGUCUGCAGGGUUUUAUCCUGUAAUCCCUGAAUAAAAAAGAUCGUGUUGCACCUGGACUCCAAGGUGAGAGGUUGAAGAUGAAUAAUCCUUUGUGCUAGGGUUAGGUUUUCAGUAAGAAGAGAGAGCUACUCAUUUAACGCAGAUGCAAAUUAUUUUGGAGCCUUCCCAGGGAAGAAAUGUGAAUAAAAUGAAACAUUCUAGGUCAAACAGCUGAGUGUAAAGGAUUGUGGGAAAUGUAUUCACUUGCACCCACAUUAGCAUCUCUGUUCUGUAUUUUAGUGUCGUUUGGGGACUUCAGUUCCCAUGAUGCAUUUCGAGUUGCCAUGCUGCUCACACAAAUACGUGCGCUCCUUGAUGACAAGUGGAGGUGCUGAAAGCGAUGGAUAAUGCAGCACCGUACAAGAAAAAGAAAGAUGCUGCUGCAGAUUUCAACAUUCCCACAAGCACUUUGAAAACCGUUCUGAAAUAACGGGAUACAAUAAUACAGGCCUGUGAACAGCAAACUGGAUGCAAGUCGUCAGCGUUUCUGAUUUGCUCAAUACCUGAUGCUGAGGACGCCUUGCUUCUGUGCUUUAAAAAUGCCUGUGAUCAGAAUGUGCCUGAAUCUGGAAUCACUGUGAGACACACCCUGAGGAAUUAGCACAGCAGCUGGGACAUACACAUUUCAACUGCAGUUCAUUUGCAAUAUACAGUUCUUAAAAGUUCACUUACAACUGUAUUUUCAAUAAAAUGCACAGUACUUUUACAUUUAUAAUACUUUUCACUGUACUGUAAUUGAAAUUUGAUUUCAGUCUUACUGUAACUUCAAUACAAACUGACCAUAUGCAUUUGAGACUGCUGAUAAUCAGAAUUACUGAUAACACUUUUUUUGCUGGUCCCUUGAAAUUCAUUUUCAUGAGAAUUGACAGUAUGUGUAUAUCUGGUGUACAUGCGCGUCCGCAGUUAGGAACUGGUUUAGGGUGCAAUAAGGAAACUAUAUAACAAUAUAUAACAAGCAUCAUUACAUUUAGAUUUGCUCCCCCCAGUCAUACAGUUAAUAAAGAGUGUUAAAAAAACAAUGGAUCACCAUCUCAAAUUCACAACCAAAGAACAUUCUGCAUUGAAAUUGAGUUAAAAAAAUGUUUUACUGACUAUACCUUACUACUUCUUAUCAUUUGCAUGAUUUAUUUUAAUUGCAAAUCUAUAUACUGCACUAUUUCAGUUUUGUUACAGGAUACAUUAGUUUAUCUCUAAUGUAAUCACAGUUUUAUAUAUACACUGCCCCUGUUCUGAGGCUAUGUGCCAAAUUCUGGCCUGCUGUGGUUUUCUGAUAACAUCCCAAAUUCUUGGCUGCUCUGAUGUUCCGAAUUCAGCCGAGUUUAUGGGAUGUUCUGCUCUUACACAUGACAGCCCAGUUUCUAGGUC